CAGGCAAGUGGCGGCUGAGAUCCUCUCGCAAGAGGAGGAAACACGUUGGGGGAGGGGACACGUCUUGCCCACGGUCCUCCUGAUGGGAGAGGCCAUGGUGGCCUCUGCAGGCAGGUGCGUGUCUGGGCUGCUUCUCAGGCGCCCCCCACCCCCGCCCCCACCCCCAGUGGUGACCAUGUGUUUCCUGCUCCCCACAGGUCUGCUCCCAUAGUUCCCUGGAGUCCGGUAUGGUGAGCGGGUAGGGGACGCCGGGCGUGCAGGAGGCAGGGGUGUGGAUCAUGCCUCCACCAGCCAGCGCUUCUCCUGCCAUCGGAGGCCGCACCCAGCCUGCCCAUGGCCGGCACGGGCCCGUCGCUCUCCGGUGCCUUUCGCAUUCUGGGCAGGGCAGGCCAGGACAAGCUCCUGCAUCUGAAGCACAAGCUGAAGACCCUACACCUGCUCGCCGAGGAGAAGCUGUGCCCGGCCCCCAUGCGGGACGCGGCCUACCGGGCAGCCCUCCAUGUUUUCAGCUCCAGGGAUGACCCCCGGCUCAGGGAGCUCCAGGAGGAGGCCCGGAACCGGUGCGGGUGGGACAUCGUGGGGGACCCGGGGGACUUCCAGCCGCUCCACUCUGCUCUGGGCUGCCUCCCGCCAUCCUCCGCCUCGCCCUCUGUGGUGCGCAGCCAUCCUCAGCCCAUCGAGGAACCCUUGGGCUGGAGCAGAGGAUGCUCCCUCCGGUCCACCGGCAGCCCGGCUUCCCUGGCCAGCAACUUGGAAAUUAGCCAGUCGCCCACCAUGGCCCUCCUCAGCCAGCACCACAGCCCCCGUGGUCCCAGCAGGCUGUGCGAUGAGCCCCCGGAGCCCGAGCCUGUCCCCGCAGGCUUCCAGGAGCCCGAGGAGAUGAGCUGGCCCACGUCGGAGGAGAUUGCUAACACCCUGGUGCCCUCCGAUAGCCCAGCCCCCGGGCUGCCUGAGGCGGCCUUAGAUGCAAGUCCGGCUGGCCCAUCCAACGCCGCUGAGGCUCCAGGCACCAGCACCCACUACCCAGUGGAAUGUACGGAAGUGACACCGGCCCCCACGUCUCUCCCCUCGCCCUGCAGAAACACCGGCCCCGCCGAGGACCAGGUGCCACUACAAAUUCCCGUGGAAGAUACUCCUUCCCCAGCAGCCCAGCCGUGCCCACCCACCUCCUCGGCCCCCGAGACGUCCCCUCCCAACCCUUCCCUAUCGGCUCCUUGUUCAGCUCACCCGGCCUCCUCCUCCUCAAGCCCGUGUCCCCCUUCUCCCGAGUUCGAGCCGUCGGAGCAGCAGUUCUUUAACUUCGUGGUCCUGCACGCCAAGGCGGAUGAGCACAUUGCCCUGCGUGUCCGGGAGAAGUUCGAGGCCCUGGGUGUGCCCGACGGAGCCACCUUCUGCGAGGAUUUCCAGGUGCCUGGGCGCAGCAGCCUGCGCUGCCUGCAGGACGCCAUAGACCACUCGGCCUUCACCGUCCUGCUGCUCACUGCCAACUUCGACUGCUGCCUGAGCCAGCACCAGCUGAGCCAGUCGCUGAUGAGCAGCCUCACGCGGCCAGGGUGGCAAGACUGCGUGGUCCCUUUCCUGCCCCUGGAGAGCUCCUUGGCCCAGCUCAGCCCGGACACGGCCAGCCUGCUCGCCGGGCUGGUGUGGCUGGACGAGCACUCCCAGAUCUUUGCCAGAAAGGUAGCCAACACCUUCAAGCCUCACAAGCUGCGGGCUCGCAAGGCCAACUGGAGGAAGGAGCAGGACGCCCGCGCCACCUACGUCCAGACCUACGCGGCCUGGCAGGCGCAGAUGGAGCAGCUCCAGGCGGCUUUCGCGAGCCACAUGACAUUUGGGACUCAGUUGCCCUCUGGGGCCCCGGGGCCCCUGGGAGCCCAGCCACCCUUUCCUACCUGGCCCAGCUAUCAGCCACCAACCCUGCCUCCGUGGCUGGCUGGCACCCCUAGCCCAACCUUCCCGCAGCCUCCGGUCUUCCCACAAGCCUCACCUGUGUCCCCUCAGAGCCCGGGGCUGCAGCCCCUCAUCAUCCACCACGCACAGAUGGUGCAGCUGGGGCUCAACAACCACAUGUGGACCCAAAGGGGGGCCCCGGCGCCCGAGGAUCAGACCCAGGAAGCGGAAUGACCGAGUGACAGCCUGACGACCUUGACCUCAGACCCGCUCCGGGCUGGAUCUUGGAGACCCCCCACCCCCGUGUUCAGGGGGUGCAGUAGGAGAUGGGGUCAUCUGCUACUUUCCGGACAUGGCUGGGGACACCUCUGUGCCUCAGGAAAUGGUGCAAAAUGGGCCCCGAUGACCUUCUGGCUCUCGGGGAGGCCAGGAUUGGACAUGGUGUUGACAGACUGUCUGGAUGAUGGUGGUAGGAAUGGGCCGGGGACAGCAGCACCGUGUUUUAAUGAUAAUAAAUAUUUAUUGAAUGUU